GUUCAACUGCAUGCAUAGGCCUACAGUAGCAGACAAGUUGAAGGGAAAGAACAACCUUCAUCAGUCCCACUAUAAAAAAUUGUGAUCUCUGGCUUGCAUGAUUGGGCAUGCAAAUUCAAGAUUUUAAGUAACUGUGAAUUUUUUUCCACAGUUUUUAAACGUAUUCUUACUUCAGGAUGGAUGGUGUGUGCUACGGACUACUAUAAGUGGAUCAUCUGAGAUAUCACACCUUAAUGCUACACGAAGAUGAAUGCUCAGACAGUCGGGUGGUUGGUAGUUCUGGCACUGAUAAAGAAUUUUUCUUGUGCCCUCUUCAAACUGGAAGAGAGCAAACUGACAGCAAAAGAGGGGUCCUGCAUUGAAAUCAAAUGCACAGUCCUUAAAAACAUUAAUCAUGUUGGUCUAUACUGGUUUUGGAUGAAGAAUGCAAAUUGGAAUGAAGAUUUAAAAGAUUUUAAUGCCACUAUCAUUUAUAGCACAAAUAACUCAUUACGUCCCGUCAGUCCAGACUUUGCAGACAGAGUGCAUUAUACUGGCUCUCCAUUUUCAAGUUGGAGAAAUAGUUACAGAUCUACACCAAAGUGCAGUAUUUUGAUCUGCAACCUGAACAAAACUGACAGCGGGAACUACUCUUUCAGAUAUGUAGGAUCUGUUUCUUCUGAAAAAUGGAAAACUAACGUAGUGAACCUCACAGUUGAAGAAAAUCCAUGCCCGAUCACAUUUGAGACACCACCUGUUGUAAAAGAAUCUGGCAGGAUAACACUUACAUGCUCCACUUUAAGUUCAUGCCCUUCAAACCCACAAAUUCAAGAUUUAUACUCACAACAGACACAUGAAGAACAGAAAAGCACCAAAGCAAGUUUUACAGCCAACUGGCAGGACAAUGGGAAGGAGUUUUCAUGCCAAACAGAAAACAACACAGACAAAUAUUUGAUCCGGAAUGUCAGCAUAACUGUCGAAUAUGCUCCCAAAGAAAUAUUGGCAGAAAUAAGCCCUGGAAACAUCGAGGAAGGACAGUCUGUGACUCUCACCUGCACUGCCAAAGGCCACCCUGGCCCCACCUUUACCUGGUACAAAAAUGACCACCAAAUGCAUUCAGGGCCAGAAUGGACCUUAACAUCAAUUAAUGAUUCACAGAGUGGAGAAUACCAUUGUAAAGCUCACAACAAACAUGGGAACAGUAAAUCAAACCCAAUAAUGAUUAAUGUUACAUAUAAAAUAACUUUAACAUGUUAUGUGAUGAGAAGCAAACCAGAACCUGAGUUCUAUGUUUGGUAUAAAGAUCAGACAGCUAUUGGUCAGGAGCAGACACAUGUUGUUGAACAAAUCAUGCCUGAAGACCGAGGCUACUACACAUGUAGGGCCACUAACACUGUAGGUGAAGGACAAUCACAGCCAUUUGAAAUUGACGUUAAAUAUAGCCCAGUGAAGACAACUAUUUCCAUCAGUGAACAUGGUAAUAAUGUGAAAGUUGGCAAACCCCUCACAUUCACAUGUAGGGCUGAGGCCAAUCCUGCCCCAGUGACAUACUUCUGGCACCGUUACAACCAAAAUAAACCGACUGACUCCCCACAGUGGACGUACAAGACUAAUGAAGAAAGUCUACAUUUGCAGAGGUUAGAAAGAGCAGAUGAAGCAUGUUACAAGUGCAACGCAACCAACGCCAUUGGUACAGGGGAGGAUAGUGAGCCUGUGUGCAUACAAGUACAUUAUCCUCCUACCGAACCUAUGCUGUCUUUGGAUGCUGAGGUCAUCGAAGAUCAGCUUAUCACCAUCAGCUGCACCGUUGAAAGCUUCCCACAGUCACGUCUGACUUUGACAAGGACUUCUAUAUCAAAUUCUCAGGCUUCAGAAUGGCAUUCCCCUCAACAUGAUUAUUAUGAGGAUCAUAACACUUUACAUCUAAAGUUUAAUGUAACUUUAACCGACACAGGCCUUUACACCUGCAACGCAGAGAAUGAUGAAGGUUUAAGCAAAAGCUUACAAAGGAAGAUGGUGGUGAAAUAUCGUCCCAGAGAUGUGACAGUACAAGCUAAGCCUGGUCUUGUCGUGAGUGAAACCACGCAGUUGAUACUGAACUGCAGUGCCCGGGCCGAGCCACCAGUGACGUCUGUUACCUGGAUGAAGGUGACUGAUGGGAAGAGUGAAAUCAUCAAAAAUUGGAACGGCACUAUAAAGUCUGUCAGUCCUUCUGACAGUGGACUGUACAGCUGUGAAGCCAGUAAUAUAAUUGGAACUGGAAAAUCUCAGCAAGCCGAGGUUAAAGUCAAGUAUGCUCCAAAACACAUAAAGAUUAUAAGAACAGCAGAGCAGUAUUCUGAUGGGAAAAGCUUUGUGAUGCUGAGCUGCAGUGCUCAAAGCUAUCCCCCAGCCACACAAUAUUCAUGGUACAAGAAGACAGAGGGAAGGGAUGUAGAAGUGUUUGUCAAUCAGAACUACACAGUGAAUUCAAACCAACCGGGAGAAUACUACUGCAUCGCAAAAAAUGAAAUCAGCCAAAGCUCUUCUGAUACAGUCCAGCUGUUUGACCGAGGCCUAAAAAAGGCCCUGAUGUUCUUCAUCCUGGUGUUUAUUGUCCUGCUCAUUAUUUUCUUAAUUUUAUUUGUUUACAGACGCAAGAGAAACAAAUCAGUUCAUCAUGAAACUACGAACACACCGCCCUGUUUUGGUUUUCUGAGUUGGUGGAAUAGCCCUAGGAGGAGGAAUCUGAUAAACGAGCCCAUCAUGGCAGAGCCUUGCAGGAGCAGAGAUGACCUCUUGCCAGACCAGCCAUGCCGUCCAAAGGCCCAACGACGCCAGCCUCAUCCAGACAGCACGCCUGUAUCCAACAUCAGCAGUGUUUACUGCACUGUGAAUCUGCCCGCUGGCAAACAGGGUCCUUCUGCACAAAAGCCAAUCAAACAGCAAGGUGGACACACAGAGGCUGGUUCUCUCAACUAUGCAAAUUUAAACUUUGGAAAUAAGCAAAAGAACAAUCCAGAGAAUGUCGUGUAUGCUAUGGUGUACAUGAAAAAGCCAACUGAAAAGAAUGAACAAGAAGGACAGGAGGAGUACGAGAACUUCAGUGCAGCCAAGUCUCCAAAUCCAUUGGACUAUGACACAGACACCAGUGAAGAUGAAGCAGAUCUCAAUUAUACACAGGUGAACAUCACGGCAAAGCCUGGACAUCGGACAGCCAACAGAGACUCCAGCAGCUCUGAUGAAGAAGAUACUCAGUACUCUGAGGUCAAAAUCUGAGUUAAGAUCUUCUUAUCUGAGCCACAUGUUUCUAAUAAAUCAUCAACUGUUGUUUAUUAAAUAUGUUUAUUUUUAUCACUCUAAUGUUUCCACUCCUAAAAUAUUACAUUUCGUUAUAUUAAUGUGCAGUAACAAGUACCUAACAUGGAGGAAAUAGAGGAAAGUGAUUAAUCCAAGCCCAUGCAAUCUAAAGUAAAAUGAGGCUCAGCUUUAACAUUUUUGUUUAAACUACUGAAUUAUAAAGGAAAGUGUGGGCAAAUGUACAUAUUUGUAAGCUGUUUUGGCAUUACUGUUUAUUUCAUUUAUUAACAUACUCCAGUGCAAGAUGACAUGGCUGUAAUGUUAUAACGCUGUGCAGCAGCUGCUUUACUUAGGUUUGUUUCGGAAACAAACAAUGUGCUAUAUGCAUAAUCAUCCAUUUAAUAACAUGCUUUGACUUCAGCUCUUGUAUGAAAAGAUUGGCUUUCUUAGGUUUUAUAAACAUGCACAAACAUAAACAUUUUAGCAAAAACAAAUACAAAAUGAUCAAUAAAAAAGUGUUACACAAA